AUGGGGCCGGGCUUUCGGAGUGAGGAGAUGUGCUUGGCGCAGUUGUUUCUGCAGUCCGGUUCGGCGUACGACUGCAUCAGCGAACUGGGAGAGAUGGGUCUGGUCGAAUUUCGAGAUCUCAACCCCAGUGUCAGCACCUUUCAGCGCCGCUUUGUCAGUGAGAUCAAGAGAUGCGAAGAGAUGGAGAGAAUUUUGGGCUAUCUGCUGAGGGAAUUAAAGAAGGCCAACAUUGCAGUUCCAGAACCUGAAGUCAGUCCGGUCGCUCCUGCACCCAAACACGUCUUGGAGAUUAUGGAGCAGCUGCAGAGACUGGAGGUGGAACUGAGUGAAGUGGCCAAGAACAAAGAGAAGCUGCAGAGGAACCUUCUAGAACUGACAGAGUACAGUCACAUGCUGAGGAUCACACGCACUUUCAUCCACAGCCGCUCCAGGCAUGAGGCCCUGGGGCCCCAGUACGAGGAGUUCCCCUCUCUGGAGACAGACUCUGUAACAGGCUGCACCAGUAUGCAGAGACUCGGUGCCAAACUGGGGUUCAUCUCUGGUCUGAUUCAGCGGGUGAAGGUGGAGGCGUUUGAGCGGAUGCUGUGGAGGGUGUGUAAGGGAUACACCAUCCUGAGCUACGCAGAGGUGGACGAGAGCCUGGCCGACCUGGACACGGGCGAGAUCAGUAAAAAUGUGGUUUUCCUCAUCUCAUUCUGGGGAGACCAGAUUGGACAGAAAGUUCAGAAAAUCUGUGACUGUUACCACUGCCACCUGUACCCCCACCCCGAGAGUGAUGAAGAGAGAGCCGACGUGAUGGACAGUCUAAGGACGAGGAUACAGGACCUACACAAUGUGCUGCACCGCACUGAGGACUACCUGAAACAGGUCCUGAACAAAGCGUCUGAGUCGGCGUACUCGUGGGUGGUUCAGGUGAAGAAAAUGAAAGCCAUUUAUCACAUCCUCAACCUCUGCAGCUUCGACGUCACCAACAAGUGUCUCAUCGCCGAGGUGUGGUGCCCGGUCAACGACCUGGCCGAACUGCGGAGGGCACUAGAGGAGGGUUCGAGAAAAGGCGACGCCACGGUCCCAUCCUUUGUGAAUCGUAUCCCGAGCAGAGACACUCCCCCGACUCUCCUGAGAAGCAACAAGUUUACCUCCGGGUUCCAGAGCAUCGUGGAGGCCUAUGGAGUGGGCGACUAUAGAGAGGCCAGUCCAGCUCCUUAUACCAUCAUCACCUUCCCGUUCCUGUUCGCCGUCAUGUUCGGAGACCUCGGACACGGUGCGAUCAUGACCCUGUUUGCCCUCUGGAUGGUCCUCAACGAGAAGAGCCAAAAACACAGACGUUUGGGGAAUGAGAUCUGGAGUACGUUCUUUGAGGGCCGUUACAUAGUUCUGAUGAUGGGGUUAUUUUCCAUCUACACCGGGUUCAUCUACAACGACUGCUUCUCCAAGUCCUUCAACAUCUUCGGUUCGGGAUGGAGCGUCAGAGCCAUGUUCAGAGAGCAGCAGUGGACGAACGAAACCCUGAGGACUAACGCUUUGCUCACGCUGGAUCCCAACGUCUCCGGGGUUUUCUCUGGACCCUAUCCAUUUGGCAUCGACCCUAUUUGGAACAUGGCAGUUAAUCGCCUGACGUUUCUCAACUCCUACAAGAUGAAGAUGUCCGUUAUCCUGGGCGUCAUACACAUGACCUUUGGUGUAGUUCUCAGUGUCUUUAACCAUCUGCACUUCAGACAGAAGUAUAAGAUCUGCCUGCUCUUUGUGCCAGAGCUCCUGUUCCUCAUGUGUCUCUUUGGCUACUUGGUCUUCAUGAUCUUUUAUAAAUGGUUGGCAUUCUCAGCACAGGACUCCCGUCUGGCUCCCAGCAUCCUCAUCCAUUUCAUCAACAUGUUCCUCAUGCAGGGGAACAGUGCAACCCCUCUCUAUCCAGGCCAGACAGGGCUUCAGGUGUUUCUAGUGGUGGUGGCCAUGCUGUCUGUACCAGUGCUGUUGCUAGGGAAACCGCUUUACCUUUACUGGCUUCAUCAUGGGGGAAAGAGCCUCGGUCCUCACAGAGGCUAUGAGAGAGUUCGGCGUGUGAGUGAAGAGGACCUGUCUCCCUCCAUGGUUCAUGACGAAGAGGAGGGACUGGGUGACCUUAUGACAGGCCGAGAGGGUGGACCUCAAGAGUUUGACUUUGGGGAUGUAUUCUUGCAUCAGGCCAUUCACACAAUAGAGUACUGCCUGGGCUGCAUCUCCAACACAGCUUCCUACCUGCGUCUGUGGGCUCUGAGCCUGGCCCACGCCCAGUUGUCUGAGGUGCUGUGGGCCAUGGUGAUGCGGCUGGGCCUUAGGAUAAGCUCCAGACUGGGUAUUCUCUGCCUGGUUCCUGUGUUUGGUGUCUUCAGCGUGCUCACCGUAUCUAUCCUACUGAUCAUGGAAGGGCUCUCCGCCUUUCUUCAUGCUCUCCGACUGCACUGGGUCGAGUUUCAGAACAAAUUCUACAGCGGCACAGGCGUCAAGUUUGUCCCCUUUGACUUCGCUCUCCUGCCGUCUGUCUUUGAACAGGACGGCUUGCUCUGA